AUGAACUCAAAAAAUGACCAAGAAAAGCAAGGCUAAGAUGAACAAGGGAUGGGAGAAGUAUUUGUACCAGCUUAGGUUGUGAAAAACUUUAAUCAAAUGGUUGCUGAACCUCAUCCUGUAUUUUCACUAUUUAUAAUAGCUACAGUUACCAUCUGAUAGAUCAAUUAAGCCUACUUAAGAAAAUAAUGGGCAAAAUUAAGUACCUCUAGUAAAUAGAUUAAUAUAUGUAGUUAACUGAUAAAUAGCAAGCUUAACCAUUAAUUAAAAAAGCUGAUCCUGGUUCUGAAUAAACAAAAAAGAAUCUUAAACCUCUACAUGGUUCUGUUCAUAAUAGUUAAGAUGAUGUCUCCAUUAAAAGUUCUGGAGGAAAUAAAUCUCCUCAUUAAUGUACAUGUGUGAUAUAAUAAAUCAGAAACCUCAUAGAAACGCAUUAAAAGAAUGAAUAGCAGAGUCAAGAGUCGACAUUCUCAAUAAAAGCAACAAUCAGAAUUUUCAAAAAGUAUAUUGAAAAUCACAGAAAACACGUUAUUCUCAAUAAUAAUGGCAAUUGUCACUAUUUAUGCAUUAUUUGGAGAUGAUAUUAGGAUAUUAUCAGUAGAUAAGUAGGGAGAUGAUGUAUUCUUUGUUUUAACUGUGAUAUGCAUGGUUGCAUUUAUUAUUGAAAUUUCACUUACAAGUAUUGCUAAACCAGACUACAUUUUGAAUGUAAAUAUAAAAGUCAAUUUUUAGUUUUAUUUUAUUUUAGAUGUUAUAUCAACAUUAACAAUGAUAUUAGAUUUAGGUUGGAUAACAGAUACCUGGUAUUCUGGAGAUUUAACAAGUGCAUCACAAAUUAAAUCUAUUGGAACUGCAUCUAGAGCAGCAAGAAAGGCAGCAAGAGUUAUUAGAGUAAUAAGACUUGUUAGAUUGGUUAAAUUAUACAAGCAUGCACGAUAGUAAAUGGAAAGAGAAUAAUAAAGAAAAUUACUUUAAGAUUUAAUAAGAUAAGCUUAAAGUAAGAGUUAAGAUUAAUAAUAAUAAUAAUAAUAAUAAUAAUAAUAAUAAUAAUCAAAUUUAUAAAUUUAAUAAAUUUUACCUUAAAAUGAUGAAUUAAGAAAUUCUUAACAUGAUAUUGAAGCUGCUAAGACUCCAGAUAAAAACUCUAAUAGUUAAAUAAAAUCUUCUUAAAUCUCCUCUUAAUCAGAAAACUAAAUAAAAGAAUCUAUUGUAGGUGCUUAAUUAUCAGAUCUAGUUAUGCGAAGAGUGAUUACUAUUAUUUUAGCCAUUCUAAUAAGUAUUCCUGUUCUUUCCUUAGAUACCUAUUAAGAAACAAUUAGUAGUUAUGAUUCAGGAAUUUAUAGAAUCUAUUAAUUUAAAGAUAAGCCAGAUAUAAUGAAAUCUCUUUUGUAUUAAUACGCUCAGUUCCAUGUAGGAGAAAUUUACCCAAUUUAUAGUGUUGAUGUUAAUUUAAAAGGGGAUGAUAAUACAAAUCUUGAUGAGUGGAAUUAUAAUACGAAUCCUGAUAUUUUUGAAGUUCCUACAUAUGCAACUAAAGAAUAGUAUAGAUUUUCAGAUUUACAAUAUUAUGUAAAAUCUGAUGGAUCAAAUCUGUAGUCAUAUGCAGCAGCUGACAUGGUUGUUUAUAAUCAAACUAAUGCUAUCUUAUCAAUAUUUUAAACAGUCUUUGUUUGUAUUGUUUUAGCAGUGUCUGCUUUGAUGUUCAAUAAAGAUGUAUCUGAUUUAGUGAUAGAUCCAAUAGAAGCAAUGAUGUAGAAAAUAGAAAUGAUAGCAGCAAAUCCACUUGAAGCUGUUAAUAUAGAAGAAUAAGAAGAUUUAAUUAUGGAAGAAUUAGAAAAAUCUUAGGAUGUAGAGAAAUUAAAAUAGAAAGAGAUUGAAAAACAUAUGGAAACAUAUGUUCUAUAAAGAUUAAUUAUGAAAGUUGGUGCUUUGUUAGCUGUUGGUUUUGGUGAAGCAGGUUCUGAGAUUAUAGCUGAAAAUAUUAAAAAGGGAGGUGGUGUUGAUCCUAUGAUUCCUGGUAAAAAGAUAUUGGCAAUUUUUGGAUUUUGUGAUAUUAGAAAUUUUACUGAUGUAAAUAAAUAAUUUAUAAUAUAGGCCACCGAAGUAUUGUAAUAAGGAGUUAUGCUUUUUGUGAAUGAAAUUGCUGAGAUUGUUCAUUCAACUGUUGAUUCUAUGAGUGGAUCUUCUAAUAAAAAUAUUGGUGAUGCUUUCUUGCUUGUUUGGAAAUAUUCUCCUAAUGAUUAUCAUCCUGAUCCAGAUAACCCUAAAAAUUUAAAAUUAAAAACAGACAGAUAUAUCAAAUAAAAAGGAGAUAUGGCUGUGAUGGCAUUUCUCAAGAUUAUCACAGCUAUCUCUAUCUCCAAAAAGUUAGAAAAGUAUAAGAAACAUGAAGGACUUAAUGCUAGAAUGAAAGAUUACUCUGUUAAAAUGGGUUUUGGAUUACAUAUGGGCUGGGGAAUUGAAGGAGCUAUUGGUUCUGGAUUUAAAAUUGAUGCUUCAUAUCUCAGUCCUAAUGUUAAUAUGGCAUCAAGAUUAGAAGCUGCAACUAAAUAAUUUGGAUCACUUAUUCUCGUUAGUGGUAUUCUAAAGUAAUAUUUGACUGAGGAAUGUUAAAAAUAGAUGAGAAUGAUAGAUAUUGUUACUGUAAAAGGUAGUAUUGUUCCUUUAGGUAUGAUUUAUAUUUAUUUUUAAGAAUUACAUACAGUGGAUAUGUCUAUCAAAAAUUUAUAAUCUAAAAUCAAUACUCUAAGAGAUAAAUUUGAUGUUUCUUAAAUGUCUUAAAAAGAAUCAAAGAAAUUUAGAGUUGUGAAUAGAUUUAGGAGAGAUUAAUAGAUGAAACAAGUAAUGAAUAAUUAAAUUAAUAUUACUGAUCUCUUUGAAAAGGAUGAUGAAUUGUCAGCUGCUAGAGAACCAUAUACUUAAGUAAAAAUAUUCAUAUAUAUUUAUAAUAGUAAUUUUAUGAGAUUUGGAAAUAAGGAUUUGAUUAAUAUAUUAAAGGAAAUUGGGGUGAAGCAUAAUCAAUAUUUUAAAAGACUUUAGUAAAUAAAAUGAUUUAUAAUUUAGAUUAUGAUACCUGAACAUAAGGAUGGACCAUCAAAUACUCUUUUAGAGGUUAUUCAUUCUUGUGGUGGAAAAGCUCCAAAAGAUUGGAAAGGUUUUAGAGAGCUUACAGAAAAAUGA